GAGAUGUGGUUGGUGCUUUUCUGAGGAGCGCCAUGCGCCUUGGAGAGCUCUUAUUUCGCCACAGCGCCGAGUAAACACAGCUAAUAUCACUUCACAAGGAGGCACGUCUUCACCAACAUCUUCUUCUCCUCCUCCUCCUUUGGAACAGGUUCCCGGCACAAGACGGAGCACACGGCGGGCAGAGGACACCACGUACACCUCGGGAGCUCCAUCAGUUUUCAAAAUUUUCUCCAACUUCAGCCCUCAGACAAACAUUAGCAUGAUGUCGUAUCUAAAGCAACCACCUUACACAGUCAAUGGACUCAGCUUAACUACUUCUGGAAUGGACCUUUUACAUCCAUCAGUGGGCUAUCCAGGUGGGUUUUCUCCUUUACUUGCAGCCACGCCACGGAAGCAGAGGCGAGAAAGGACUACUUUUACGCGCGCACAGCUCGACGUUUUGGAGGCGUUGUUCGCCAAAACUCGGUAUCCGGACAUAUUCAUGCGCGAAGAGGUGGCGCUGAAAAUCAAUCUACCUGAGUCCCGAGUACAGGUCUGGUUUAAGAACCGGCGAGCGAAGUGUCGCCAGCAGCAGCAGCAGCAGCAGAACGGGGGCCAGAACAAGGUGCGACCUGCCAAAAAGAAAAGUUCUCCAACCAGAGAAGUGAGCUCGGAGAGCGGGGCCAGCGGCCAGUUCACGCCCCCCACCAGCACCACCACAGUCCCCGCCAUCUCCACCAGCACCGCCCCAGUGUCCAUCUGGAGUCCGGCGUCCAUCUCUCCUCUCUCAGAUCCCCUAUCUACCUCCUCCUCCUGCAUGCAGAGGUCCUACCCCAUGACCUACACCCAGGCCUCGGGCUACAGCCAGGGCUACGCCGGGUCGACGUCCUACUUCGGGGGUAUGGACUGCGGCUCUUACCUCACUCCCAUGCACCACCAGUUGUCAGGCCCGGGCUCGACUCUCAGUCCGAUGAGCACAAACGCGGUCACAAGCCAUCUGAACCAGUCCCCGGCGUCCCUCUCCACCCAGGGCUACGGGACGUCCGGCCUGGGCUUCAACUCCACAGCAGACUGCUUGGAUUAUAAGGACCAAGCGGCGUCGUGGAAGCUGAACUUCAAUGCCGAUUGCUUGGAUUAUAAGGAUCAAACAUCCUCGUGGAAAUUCCAGGUCCUGUGA